AUGGCAUCUCUUCGCGCCGCCGCCAAGCAAAUUGACUGGACCAAGUUGAGCAACACCCUUCCUUCCGAGACUGUUGCUGCUCUUCAAGCUUUCCGUAAGCGUAAUGACGAAGCCAAGCGCUUGUUGAACGAGUUGAAGGAGCAAUCCACCACCGUCGACUUUGCCCAUUACCGCAACGUCUUGAAGAACCAGGCCAUUGUUGACCAAGCCGAGAAGGCUGUUCAAGGCUUCAAGCCUGUCGCCUACAACCUCGAUGCUCAGCUCAAGGCCAUCGACCAAUUCGAAGCCAAGGCUGUCGAGAAGGCUAGCAGCACCGUUCAAAAGAUUGAUGCCGAACUCAAGGAUCUUCAAGCUACUCUUGGUCACAUUGAAGGCUCUCGUCCCAUUGAGCAACUUACGGUUGACGAUAUCAUCAUCGCCAAGCCCGAGAUCACCAAGGAGAUUGAGGAGAAGCUCCAAAAGGGCGAGUACACUGUCAAGGGUUACAAGGAACGUUUCGGCGAUAUCUCUUACUUCUAA